GAAAAUGUCCGUUGGAUAUAGUUGACAGUGCUUAUCUCCCUAGUCGCAAUGACGUCGGUGGAUUGCAUGGUCUUAAUUAUACGACAUGUUUGUACAGCUGUGAAACAAAACCAAAUUGUCAGUCGUUUGACUACCAAAUAUAUACAAAAAAAUGCUUUUUGUCAAGUAAAACUCAUUCUGAUCACUUUUUGAAGUUUGGGACAAAUGGUGUUUACACUGAAUUAAACAAAAAACUUUGGAAUGACUUCAGACAGUCACAUACACUGGAGAAGAUUAAUUCCGUCGGUUGUGGUGUAAGAGUUCUCGACUCUUAUUAUUUCGUUGAAAAAAAAGUAAUUAAUGAUUCGACUGCUUAUUCAACUUUUUCCUUCAAACAAAAUCCAUAUCACAACCUUGUAACCGAGGCCCAGGUGGAUGCUCACUCGGUUCUGGAUUGUUCACGUUUAUGUAUGGUAUCUUCUACAUGUACCGCCUUUUCAUAUACUAACACUAAGUGCGUGCUAAAGAAACUGGUCUGAACUUUAAUGGAAUUCACCCCAAAAUUAUUUACUUCUCCAUGAAA